AUGCAAAUCCAUAGACAGCAUUUGCUACUUUUCAUCCAGUUUUACUAUUUGCCAGGAUGUUUCUCGUUGAUUUGUCAACAAUGUAAUGGUUGGGAUGGUCAAUAUCCGCUUCGUUAUGCCACCGCGAGCACGUGUGACAAUCGAAAUAAUCAAUGUCAAACCAGUCAGUUUUGCGUGAAAAUCAUCGACUCCAUGUCACCGGGGACAAAUUACGGGACAUUUAAGAGUGAUUGCUACUUUCAGACACAGUUACAGAUAGAUCCUCAGAAUUUGACAACAAUCACGAAUCGAAAGUGCUAUCCGUAUCAGGAUGGAUCGGCGCCGGUGAAAAGGUAUUGGUACUGCUUCUGCAAUGAUCACGACUAUUGCAAUUCCUCGAAAUCUCUCCCGCAUUUCCUUUCCAUCAUUUUCCCAAUUUUGUUGCUUGUUUAUCGAGAGUUCUCUAAA